AAGAUAAAAAGCCCUCCCUUUUCAGUUCCCUUCUCUCAACUGUCUCUCCGUGUACAACUCGCGUGCCCCAGGAGUAAGAGAGAGAGAAACCUAAGAGAAACAGGAAUCAGAAUAACACAGAGAGAGAGAGAGAGAGUCUCUUUUUUUAUUUCACUUCUAUAUAUUCAAUUAUCGAUUAUCAAAAUAACGCGUUGCUCUAUUAAGUCUAACCCCUCUCGCCACUAAAACUCUCUCAUCGUUUUUUUUUUUUUGGCGUCGACUUUGUGAUCUUCUUCUUUUCUAAAAUCAGAUCUCCAAUCUUUGAGGAUCUGGUUCACCAUACCAUCCAAACACUGCGUUUUGGGGGAUUUCGAUUUCGAUUUUCUAAGAAGGAAAAGAGAAAGGAAAAUUAAAUAAAUUUUUUUUUUUAAAUUUUUUGGGGUUUUCGGUGGAAGUUGUUUAAGUUUGAUACUUGAUAUAAGCGUGAUUUAACGAGAGACUGUAAUUGAAGAAGUUUUUAUUGUUUGAUUUUCGGGUGAUGAAUGAUGUUGACCUCGUUGGUUUGGUCGUGAAGUAAUAUGGAAGUAGUUGUUACACACAAAUACGAUGACGCUUUACAUUGGUCGCGAAGCUUCAAAGCUGUGGAAAAGAGUUUGUGCAGAGGUAACAGCAGAGAUCACCCUUCUUUCCGAGAACUGGAAAUACCUACUUGCCGGUCUUAUUUUUCAGUACAUACAUGGUCUAGCUGCCCGAGGAGUUCAUUAUCUACAUCGGCCAGGGCCAUUACUCCAGGAUGUUGGGUUUCUUCUUCUUCCGGAGCUUGGGAUAGACAAAGCUUAUAUCAGUGAGACAUUAUUCACCCUCAUUUUUAUAUCUUUUUUCUUGUGGACUUUCCAUCCGUUUAUUUUGAAGAGCAAAAGGAUCUAUACAGUUUUAGUUUGGUGCAGGGUUCUAGCAUUUUUAGUUGCUUCUCAAUUUCUACGGAUCUUCACAUUCUAUUCUACCCAACUUCCUGGUCCAAACUAUCAUUGUCGUGAGGGUUCAAAACUUGCCACACUGCCUCGUCCUGAAAGUGCACUUGAAGUCCUCUUGAUUAAUUUUCCUCGGGGGAUAGUGUAUGGUUGUGGUGAUUUGAUUUUUUCAUCACACAUGAUUUUUACUCUAGUCUUUGUGCGCACAUACCAGAAAUAUGGCACGCGAAGGUUUAUAAAACAGUUUGCUUGGUUACUUGCUGUGAUCCAGAGUUUCUUGAUCGUAGCAUCCCGCAAACAUUACACGGUUGAUGUCGUUGUUGCAUGGUAUACCGUUAAUUUGGUUGUGUUCUUUAUAGACAAGAAAUUGCCAGAAAUGCCUGAUCGGACAAGUGGAGCAUCAUUAAUGUUACCCUUGACUUCUAAAGACAAGGAUAGCAGGAACAAAGAGGAGAAUCACAAGCUCUUGAAUGGGAACUCAGGAGACCCUACAGAUCGGAGGCAGAGAACUCAAGUCAACGGCAAGAAUCUGGAAGAUGGCAACACAGGCCAUCCUGACAAUGCAAUGAAUGGUGUAUAGAUAAUAGAAGCUGAUGCUGCUGCAGCAACGGGAGCUGCAACAAUGAUUUCUGGUUAGGUCUUCAUGCAUUUUAGAGGGUUGAGUGGAUUGUAUGGUGGGUUGUCGUUCCGGUGUUACCGGUAACCUAAUUUGUUCCAGUGGAAAAGGAAUUUGGCUUAUGCUUAAUUAAAUUUUGCGGUCCUGCUCCUUUAAUGUCAUGGUAAACAUAAUUUAAUAUUAGCAUCAGCUUGUACCUUCUUUUAUGUCAUGGUUAGAAAUUUUCUAUCAGCAUCAGCUUGUACCUUCGAAUUUUCCAUGUUUCCUAUUAAUAUAUUUAAUUUUCUAUCAUUCUAAUUU